GAGUUAUGGCUUUGGAGUUGGCCCCUUACAACAUCCGAGUUAACACGGUUAAUCCAACGCUUGUCAUGACAGCGAUGGGAAAAGCGAAUUGGAGCGAUCCGGAUAAGGCUGCCACUUUAAGGGUGAAAAUUCCGAUGGAUCGAUUUGCAGAACCUUGUGAGGUUGUGGAUUCUAUAGUAUUUCUUCUGAGUGACAGAAGCGCGAUGACUACCGGUUCUGCGGUGGUCAUUGACGGAGGGUACCAUAUACAGUAAAUUUGCACCAUACUCGAAGUGUAAACCAAGUCGAAAAUAUUUUAAUAUUAUUGUUAAAAACAAAAAAAUUCCAUAAAUGUAAUUGAAUUGAA